GAUGGUCCAAUUGCGCCGAUGACCUCGUACCAUUAGCGAAUGCGGCACGCGGUACAACGAUGGCUCCGCACGCACUGUCCACCAUAGAUACACUCAUUACUCAGCUAUGCGGAUUAUGCACCACAAGCAUACUGCAAAGAUGAAUUCGUGAUCCAUAGGACAGAAAGUGCUUUGAGUUAGAAGUAGAAAACUAGGGCAAGCUCUUCUUACUGUCUCCCGUUUGUCAGCUUGCACUUUCACCUCACCUUCUGCAAGAAUGGCUACCAAACUCAUCGUCAUCCUAGGCAUCACAGGCCAGCAAGGAGGAUCUGUAGCUCGAGUAUUCCAAGCUCUGCCAGACUGGCGCAUUCGAGGCGUCACCCGCGACCCAUCCAAAUCCUCCAGCGCUUCUCUUCGUGAUGCCGGCAUCGAGCUCAUCGCAGGCGACCUGGAUGACCCAACCACCCUCGACCAAGCCUUCAAAGGCGCCACCGCCAUCUUCGCAGUAACCGACUUCUGGCAGUUCAUGGACGACCCAUCCACCUUUGCUCAGGCGGAGAAGGAGGGACGCCUACCUAAUCAGAUAGCCAUGGAUCGCGAGAUACAGCAAGGCAAGAACAUCAUCGUAGCCGCGUCCAAGCACCUCGCUACGCUCGAGCGGCUCGUCGUCUCCACCCUCAGCGACAGCGAGAAGUGGUCCAACGGGAAGAUCAAGUGGAACCUCCACUUUGACGGCAAAGCAAAGUAUACGCAGUACCUGAAGGACACGUACCUCGAGCUAGCUCAUCGGACGAGUUACGUGCAAAUGGGCUACUACCUUUCUAAUUGGCGCAUGAACCCAUUCUUUGCGCCGCAGAAGCUUGAGGACGGCUCUUACAUUUACCGCCACAUGGCUAUCCCAGAUGGUAAACCGAUCCCGUAUGUCGAUCCGCCGAACGAUACCGGCUACUUUGUCAAAGCCCUCGUGCAGGCCCCGCACGCCGGCAUUGACAUGCUAGGCUAUUGCGAGCUUAUGACAGCCGAGCAGUACACUCAGCUGUGGGGCAAAGCGCUGGGUGUGCAGGCGAAGUUCGAAAGUAUCAACACUGACAGUCUCAAAGCCAACGGCGUCCCUGAUUUUCUAGCACUCGAGAUAGGUGAAAGUGGACAGUACGUGACGAGAUAUGGAUGGGACGGUGGCGAUCCAGCUGUCAAGCAUCCGAAGGAUGUGGGCGUUGAAGUCGGGAAGUUGACGAAGGUAGAGGAUUGGAUAAAGCGAGAGGAUUGGAGCAGCGUCUUCACUUGAGCGCAGUGUGUAGUUCACGUGCUUGAACUCUAAACCUUAUGGAGUUCCGGCAGUAUAGUACUUAUCUCCAUGUCUUAGCGUACAUUCUUCCACAAGCAUUUCUUUUGUAUUCCGGUCUAUCUCAGAACGCCAGACACCGCCCGCUCCCGA